AGCCCGCCCGCCUCCCACCCGCGCCCAACCCGAGGCAGUCCCGCGGCGGCUCCGGGCGAGCGGUAGCUGCAAGGCUAAGCCAUGACUGACACGGUGGUUGGUAGCAGCACUGGCCAGUGGAGGUACCAGAACGAACGGCAGAUGGCCCACCGAACCGGGGAAAGGCCAGCAGUUUCCCGGCGCGCGGUCCGGCUGCAGAAUAGCAUCGGCCGAUUUCACAAAGGGGAGCACCUGGAUGGGCCCCCAGAAGUAGCUUCCCCCCUCGUGGCGGUAGCUCCUAGAGGUCCUGGCGUGGACGAUGCGGGCGCCUGCCGACCGGAGGGCGUAGUCCGGCCUCUGAACGCCGUCUUGGUCCACCCGGUCCAUCAACUCUUUCAGCAUCUUUUGAACGCUCCACGUGGCGACGCCCUUGCCGGCGCAGUCGCACAGGGAGAAGUCCCCCCGGCUCUCCCCGAGGAGCUGGAAGCCCCUGUCCAGCAGUCCCACGUGAGAAGCCCCCCAAACCAAGAGGAAGAGGGCGGCCCAGGGCACCAGUCUCCCAGGCCGGACGCGGCAGGCUCUUUUCGCCCACUGCAACGGCGCGGUCAGGCUGAGGAAGGCCACGUGGAAGGAGACGGCCCCGACGAAGCCGCCCUUGCGGAGCUCCGCGUCUCUCCGCGCUUGCUGGAGGCGCGGGUGGCUCUCGGCGCAGCUCCCGGGAAGUGGCCGCCGGCUCUCCGGAGUGGGGCCGCCGCCGUCCUCGCAGCCAGCCCUCGGGCCUCUGGCAAUUGGUCGGUCCACGGGAACCCGCCAGAGCGUGCGCGGAAGAAUGACGAGCUGACGGACGAGGAGAAGGAGAUCAUCAACCGGGUCAUUGCUCGAGCGGAGAAGAUGGAGGAGAUGGAGCAGGAACGCAUUGGGCGUCUCAUGAACCGCCUGGAUGACAUGCGCCGGAACGUGGCGGGCGACGGAGUGAACCGCUGCAUCCUGUGCGGGGAGCAGUUUGGCCGCCUGGGGUCUGCGUGCGUGGUGUGUGAAGACUGCAAAAAGAACGUCUGCACCAAAUGCGGCAUCCAGGCGACCAACAAUCGCCCCCAUUCCAUCUGGCUGUGCAAGAUUUGCAUCGAACAGAGAGAGGUGUGGAAGCGCUCCGGGGCUUGGUUCUUCAAAGGCCUGCCGAAGCAGAUGCUCCCGGACCCCAUGCCCAUCAGCAAGGGCAAGCCGCAAGCCGCGCCCGGCGAGUCGGCCCCGCCCGCUCAGGACCCGAAGCCGUACUCACGCCGGCAGACCCCCGGUCAAGGUGAAGCGCCUCCUCCUCCUCCUCCUCCUCCCCCCGUCGAGCAGGAAUCCUAUGGUGAGUGGCCAGCCGUUGCUUCCAGUCGGGGAAAUUAUCCACAAGUUAACCGCAAACCUGCCGAGGCCAGAAUGGCUCCCAGUGGCAGCGAAUACGCCAGCGAGGGCGCAGAGAGCCGGGGCUACUCGGGAGAGACCGAAGCCACCAGAAGCCCUGGAGGUGUCAGACGGGCCAAUUCUGUCCAAGCGGCAAGCGCCAGGCCACCUCCUCCGGCUUCGAACCCGAGUCCAUCUGCCCGGCUGGCAGACCAAGGACCCGAAGCAACGGGCAGGCCAGCCGUGGGAACUGCGAGUCACUUCCCAGAAAGGCAAGGGAGUCUGUCCAUGGCUCCACCCCAAGCUGAUCCCACUUACGCCUCUCCUGGAGCCACCCGGGAUGACAGAGUAGGCCCCGGAUACUCAGCUCCCGCGGCCAGAGAGGAGCGGCCGAUGAGGCAGGUGACUCCGUACAGCCAAGCCGCCAUGCCGCCUGCUGCCCCAGCACCUUCCCGACAGCCUCCUCAAGAGGAGGAGGAAGAUGAGGCCAACAGCUAUGACUCCGAUGAAGCAACCACUUUGGGAGCUUUGGAAUUCAGCCUCUUGUACAACCCUGAGAACAGCUCUUUGCACUGCGCCAUCAUCAAGGCGAAAGGACUGAAGCCGAUGGACUCCAACGGGCUGGCUGAUCCGUACGUCAAGCUGCAUCUGUUGCCAGGAGCCAGCAAGUCCAACAAACUGAGGACCAAGACUCUGAGAAACACCCGGAACCCCACGUGGAACGAGACGCUGGUGUACCACGGCAUCACAGAGGAAGACAUGCAGCGGAAAACACUAAGGAUUUCCGUAUGCGACGAGGACAAGUUUGGCCACAACGAGUUCAUCGGCGAGACGAGGGUGGCCCUGAAGAAGGUGAAGCCCAACCAGAAGAAGAACUUCAGCAUCUGUCUGGAGAGAGUCAUACCGAUGAAGCGCGCAGGGACCACCAGCUCCUCGCGAGGAAUGGCCUUGUAUGAAGACGAGAUGGAUCCCGGGAACAACGUGGAGGAGCGAGGGAAGAUCUUGGUGUCCCUCAUGUACAGCACCCAGAAAGGCGGGCUCAUCGUCGGCAUCGUGCGGUGCGUCCACUUAGCGGCGAUGGAUGCCAACGGCUACUCCGACCCGUUUGUUAAACUUUUCUUGAAGCCCGACAUGGGGAAGAAAGCCAAGCAGAAGACGCAGAUUAAAAAGAAGACUUUGAACCCCGAGUUUAACGAGGAGUUUUUCUAUGAUGUCAAGCACAGCGACCUUGCCAAGAAACAGCUGGAUAUCUCAGUUUGGGAUUACGACAUCGGCAAGUCCAACGACUACAUUGGCGGGUGCCAACUGGGCAUCACAGCCAAAGGUGAACGCUUGAAACACUGGUACGAGUGUCUGAAGAACAAGGAUAAGAAAAUUGAGCGCUGGCACGCCCUACAGAACGAGAACCACGUGGCCAGUGAUUAGAAGGUUCCCCCUGCGCCCGCCCUCCUCCGCCAACCCCACAGUAGAUUUCCGACAUCUCGUCUUCCAACACGUUUUUGUUCCUUUCUCUCUUGGGAAAAGAGACCCCCGUGACCUCCUUCCCGGGAGCGGCCU